AUGUCGCCCAAUGCAGCCCCCGGUCGGCGGCAGCGCAGCGCCGGCAUGAGCUCGGGCGGGGACGUGGACCCGCCCCCCGCGGCGCACAAGACGGCGGUGCCGCCCCCGGCCAUGCCGGGCGGCGCGGGCCGCCUGCCGCUCGACUUCCGCAACGGCGACCUGGUGUCGCGCCUGCUGGCCGCCACGCCGCCCUACCUUUACAACAUGCCGCUCGUGCCGCACUCCUUCUUCUUCAGCGAGAUGCUACGCAGCUUCGUGCAAGCCAAGGCGGCCGACGCGCCCAGCCGGCGCAGCCGCAAGCGGUCGUGGCGGGAGAGCAAGAUGCUGUCGGUGGCGCCCCCGCCGCCCCCGGCGCCGCCGCUGGACAAGCCGCUGGAGCUGACGACGACGUCGCGGCCGCCGCCCGCGCACGGCGCCUGCUCGCCGCGCGACGAGAAGCCGCCACCGCCGUCUCUGUCGCCCGCGCUGCCGCCCCCGCCGCCCCCGCAGCUGAUGCUGCCGCCGCCGCUGCUGCCGCCCCCGCCGUCCUCGCACGACUCCUCGCCCACGCUGCCUCCGCCGCCCGACAUGCUACUGCCCCCGCCACCUCCUAUCUGGUACCCGCCGUUGUACCCGCUGGCGCCACCGCAGCAUCACCACGCUCCGCCGCCGCCAUACGGAAUCGACCCUCUGCACUUCUUCAUCGACCUGCGCGUCUCCGGUCACAUAUGGGACAGAAAGGCAGGCGGCCAGGGCUCUACCGGCGCCAAGGAGGAAGCGCUUUGCGGCGGCGGCGGCGACGACAAGCAGCGGCCCGCCUCCGUGGGGCUGGUCAAGCACACAAAGCACUGCUCGGCCUUCAGCGUGCCGCAGCCGCAGCCGCAGGCCCAGCUGCAGAGGGCGUCGCCGCCCUGCCCCGUCAGGCACUCGCGGCGCGGGCCGCACUACCUGCUGCACAACCUGGCGCGCAUCUACAAGGACGUGCGCGGCCAGGCGGCGGCGUGCUCGUCGCCGAUGCGGGAGGCCGCUUCCCCGCUGUCGUCUUCGACGUCGGCGUCGGCCUCCGGGGGCGGCAGCGGGGGCGGCAAGGCCUCCUGCAAGGACCUGCGCGCGCUCAUCGGGCUCGAGCUGGUGGUCGACUACGUGAAGCACGAGCACGGCGGACGGCGCCGCGGGGGCGACGACGGUGUUCACACCGCAUCUUCAGUGGAAUAA